AUGGCGUCGAAACUGCCUAUAGUGAAAGCAAAGGCUGUUGAAGCUUCAAAGUUCCUGACCAAGCAUGGAUGUGCACACUACAAGCAGACGUUGGAGCAGAAAAAGCAAUACAUUCAAGAACCUCCUACUGUGGAGAAAUGCCAGCAUUUAGCGAGACUUGCUUUGUUCUUGAGACUUAGGAGUAUUCCUGGCCGUUAUCAAGCAUUCUGGAAGGAACUUGAUGAUGUCAAGAACUUGUGGAAGCACAGACAGGAGCUGAAAAUUGAGGAUGCAGGCAUUGCUGCUCUAUUUGGGCUAGAAUGUUUUGCUUGGUUUUGUGCAGGGGAGAUUGUAGGACGAGGGUUCACGAUUACUGGUUAUUAUGUCUAUACUUCCCAAAUAUUAGGUUUCAAAGGAAUGACUUAUAUCACUGUCGAUAAAAGAUAG